GACCACAACCUUUGGCCCAUCACAUACAGCUCGACCUGGCUGUCUUGUUUGUGGUAAUCGAAACAGAGCUCUUCCCCUUCACUUUGCUGGUAAUAACUGUCCCUAUCUGUUAUUUAACCGGCCUUCCGAAUGGUAGGGGUCUCGACUCUGACAAUACUCUAGGGUCGGAGCAGAGAAAU